CCGGUGCUGGCGUCGCCCUGAGGUGGUGGGGAGGCGCACGCGCGCGCACCGUGGGAAGAAAGGGUGGGGGGCUCGGGCGGGCGCGCGCGCGGGUGGGUAGGCCGGCAGGCAGGCGGGAGCGCGGGCGGGCCGGGCGCCGAGGGAGUGAGGCGGGCGAGCGACUUGUUCGGGGGCGCCCGAGGCGAGGCCCGGCCCGGCCCGCGAGAAGAGAGGAAGAGGAGGCGGCGGCGGCGGCGGCGAGGCAGAGGAGGUGCCGCCGCUCCGCUCCUCCCUCUCAGCCCGGCCGGGGCGGAUGCUUUGUGGGUAGGAGGCGGCGGCGGCGAAGAAGGAGAGGCGGCCGCCUGGCUGGCAGGUGGCGGCGGGCCUGGGCCGGGCGAAGAUGGUGCUGGUGAGGGUCCUCGUCCUGCUCUGCUCCUGGGCGGCCGGAACUGGAGGUCAAUAUGGAAACCCUUUAAACAAACACAUAAGACAUUAUGAAGGACUGUCAUAUGAUGUAGAUUUGUUACACCAAAAACACCAGCGUGCCAAAAGAGCAGUAUCUUACGAAGACCAAUUUUUACGCUUAGAUUUCCAUGCUCAUGGAAGACAUUUCAACCUUAGAAUGAAGAGAGAUAUGUCCCUCUUUAGUGAUGAUUUCAAACUAGAGAUAUCAAAUAAAGUACUUGAUUAUGAUACCUCUCACAUUUAUACUGGGCACAUUUAUGGUGAACAGGGCAGCUUCAGCCAUGGAUCUGUUGUGGAUGGAAGAUUUGAAGGAUUCAUCAAGACUCACACUGGGACCUUCUAUAUUGAGCCAGCAGAAAGAUAUAUUAAGGACAGAGCUCUGCCUUUUCAUUCAGUCAUGUAUCAUGAAGAUGAUAUUAGGAAAUUGGUGGCCACUGAAAGGCAACCCCUCGGGUAUCUACAUAAAUAUGGUCCACAAGGUGGCUGUGCAGAUCAUUCUGUAUUUGAAAGAAUGAAGACGUACCAGAUGAGUGGUGUAGAAGAGCCAACAAACCAGAAACCUUCAGAAGACCACACCGAUCGUGGACCAGAGCUUUUAAGAAGAAAGCGAGCUGCACAAGCCGAGAAGAACACUUGUCAACUCUACAUUCAGACGGACCAUCUAUUCUUCAGAUAUUAUGGAACACGAGAAGCUGUGAUUGCCCAAAUAUCCAGCCAUGUUAAAGCAAUUGACACAAUUUACCAGUCAACAGAUUUCUCAGGAAUCCGGAACAUCAGUUUUAUGGUGAAACGAAUAAGAAUCAACACUACUCAAGAUGAGAAAGACUCCUCCAAUCCCUUCAGGUUUCCCAACAUUGGUGUGGAGAAGUUUCUGGAACUCAAUUCUGAGCAGAAUCAUGAUGAUUAUUGCUUGGCCUAUGUGUUUACUGACCGUGACUUUGAUGAUGGUGUCCUUGGUUUGGCUUGGGUUGGAGCACCUUCAGGGAGCUCUGGUGGAAUCUGUGAAAAGAGCAAACUUUAUUCUGAUGGCAAAAAGAAGUCCUUAAACACUGGCAUCAUCACAGUACAGAACUAUGGCUCUCAUGUCCCUCCGAAGGUGUCUCACAUUACCUUUGCGCAUGAAGUUGGGCAUAACUUUGGUUCACCUCAUGAUUCUGGGACAGAAUGCACUCCUGGAGAGUCUAAAAACUUGGGACAAAAAGAGAAUGGCAACUACAUCAUGUAUGCCCGAGCAACGUCUGGGGACAAACACAACAACAACAAAUUCUCCAUCUGUAGCAUUCGGAAUAUCAGUCAAGUUCUGGAAAAAAAGAGAAAUAAUUGCUUUGUUGAGUCUGGCCAGCCCAUCUGUGGGAAUGGAUUGGUCGAACCAGGAGAGCAGUGUGACUGUGGCUACAGUGACCAGUGUAAAGACGAUUGUUGUUACGAUGCCAACCAGCCAGAAGACAAGAAGUGCAAGCUCAAGCCGGGCAAAGAGUGCAGCCCCAGUCAAGGCCCCUGUUGCACGCCAGGAUGUGUGUUCCGGAGACAAGGAGAAAAGUGCCGGAAUGAUUCCGAGUGUGCAGAAGAAGGGAAGUGCAAUGGAAACACCUCUUUCUGUCCGACCUCCGCGCCCAAGCCCAACUUGACGGAUUGCAACAGAAAUACACAAGUUUGCAUCAAUGGUCAAUGUGCUGGUUCGAUCUGUGAGAAGUAUGGCUUAGAAGAAUGUACGUGCGCUGUUGGGGAAACAAAUGAUGAAAAAGAAUUGUGCCAUGUGUGCUGCAUGGAGAAAAUGAAUCAGGAUUCAUGUUCAAGUACAGGCUCUGCUAAAUGGAAGAACCACUUCAACUCCAAGACCAUCACCCUGCAGCCUGGAUCGCCCUGCAACGACUUCAGAGGCUACUGUGAUGUAUUCAUGCGGUGCCGACUGGUAGAUGCGGAUGGCCCCCUUGCCAGGCUGAAGAAGGCCAUUUUUAAUCCGGAACUGUAUGAAAACAUUGCAGAAUGGAUUGUGGCACACUGGUGGGCCGUGCUGCUGAUGGGGAUUGCACUGAUCAUGUUGAUGGCUGGCUUCAUUAAGAUCUGCAGCGUUCACACGCCAAGCAGCAAUCCAAAGCUGCCACCUCCUAAACCACUCCCAGGCACUUUGAAGCGAAGGAGACCCCCCCAGACGACUCAGCCCCCUCCGCGCCAGAGGCCCCGAGAGAGCUAUCAGAUGGGACACAUGAGACGUUAAGUGCUGAUUUUUGCCUUGGUUCUUCCUAGUGCCUACAGUGGGAAAACUUCACUCCAAAGAAAACCUAUAUUAAGUCAUUGUCCCUGGUCUAACUUUCAAUUAAAAAGCAGGCAAGAAAGCAAGAUAUGAGACUCGCAGGACAAGUCAAAGUCCACUGCUUGCAUUUCCCUGCCCAGAAGAGAAACUGCUGCCCUUGAAAGCAGAUCUUAAACGGAGUCUUAAGCACCGUGGUGGUGGGGGUGUCUCUCUCCCCUCUGCUCUUCGUCGUUGCCUUUCCUUCACUUGUAGGCAGACAUGGCUCUCAUAAAACUUCUCUUCACAAAAAUCAAAGUAUCUAUUUUUCAACUGUCAAGGCUAGGAAGCUAGACCACCUCAACAUUGGAGACAUUACUUUGCCAAUGUACAUAAAUUGUUAUAUGCAGACAUUGUAUUUCUAAUGUACACCUGUACUUCUGUGUGCAAUUGUAAAACAAGAGAAUUGCAAUAUGGAUGUUUCUUUGUAUUAUAAACCUUUUACGCUCUUAAUGAAGAAAUUACUGUUUAAUUGACAUACUCAGGAUAACAGAAGUUGAUGGUGUAUAAAGGUCCAGGAUUCUGUAAUGCUUUAUGCAGGAAUUGUGAAUCAAAUCCUUUUUUCUAUGUAUCUAUAUUAUGGUCAGAAUUACUGCAAACGCUCAUCAUGUGGGCACAGUCACCAGGCCACUCUUCCUGGACUAGUCCCUCUCCAAUGAAUGAAGCUGUGCUCUGAUGCGGGGGGGGGUUUCCUUCUGGGUGCUGCUCUUCUGUCUCUUGUCAUGCCACUGCUGCGGGUAGCAUUCAACAGAAGGUUCCCACUCUGGAUUUUUAUGGGAAAUGUUUGACUUCCAAGAGCUCAGCAUAAGUAUUUUCAAAAAAGAACGAAGAAGAAAACUCUUUGCCUAUUAUCCUGUCAAUGAUCAGCUUUUUCCCCAUGCUUCGGUAGAAAGAUAAGUCUGCUAUAUUUUUUCUCUCUAAAGAUUGCAGCUGGCUUUCUUUGAUAUGCUCUGAUAGUCUUAAUACAUGGCCAUUAGGUUCCCAAUUCUGACCAAUUUGGGAGACAUGAAAAAGUGUUUAAUUUUUUUUUAAUUCAUUGAGUAUUUUGCCCCCCACCCCCUGCCACAGCAUAAUACUGUUUUUAAGGAUAACCACUAGAACAAAAGUAAUAGGUGCGGCUGCUGCUGCUGCUGAUGCUGUGGUCAUGUUGAAAUAGUGUAGGCUGCAGAAUGUCCCCGAAAGGUGCUGGGAGGAGGAGGGAAGCUCAAAAUGGCACAAUGGCCCAAAAGUUUUUAUUGUGUAAAUAAUUGGCAUUUUUAAAAAGAGUGAGAGUAGCCCUAAUCAGACAUUAUAGCAAAAACACUUUACAUGAGCAGAGCAUCUGAAAUGGGGCUGGAAGUCAUGCCCUAAUCUCUCCAGUCUUUUCUGUCAGAGCCCCAUGCAUGGUGCCUGAAGACGGGGACGCUGCAUCCGUGAUCAGGAGGUGCUGGCCCAAGCCUCCCAAUCACGGGAGUUGCCCGUCGUCAUGGAUGCAGCGUCCACUUCUUCAGACGAGCGCCGCUCUAGCCAUGAGGAGCGUGCUGAUGGGCUGGGUGACGGGCAGAGCAGGGCUCCUGUCCCCGUCUUAGACGCUCUGCUUGUGGAGUGCAACGUCUGAAGAAGGCUAGAGACUCCAAGCGAUGUCAUAAUAUGCUUACUGCUAUGCAGGAAAUGGAAGAGGGCAUUAUUCAAGCUUGUGAUACACUGCUUCUGUUUUUCCAAAAGCACCAAGCUAAUUAGGAAACAAAUGGCUGUAAAAAUAUUUCUGGCUUUGCUUAGGAAUCGGAUUUCAUAAGGGUUUGGACAGGUUUUCUUUGUUUUGUUUUCCAAGAGUAUGAGGUUUACACACGCAUUCUCAUAAUGUGACGCAAGCCAGCAAGGCCAAAAAUGUUAAAGAAUAUAAUGGGAGCUCUUCCUUGUAAAACUUGUACAGUAUGUGGUGACUUUUUUCAAAAUACGGCUUUUUUGUACAUGGUUUAGAGACAAAUUUUGUACAUGAAACCCCCAGACCAAUAGAUUAUAAAUAAUCCUGAAGGAUCUUAAGUAGUUAGAAAUCUCUGUAGUUGCUUUUAAACCAUUUUAAAAUACAUUUUGGGGUUGACUAUUUUUUCCUUCAGGCUGUGCAAAGACUGGAAGCUAUGUUUGCAUUUCUAAAAUGGUGACUUUUAUUCUGCAAGAGUUCUUAGUAACUUCUUGAGUGUGGUAGAUCUUGGAACAUGUAAAUUCUUUGCUUGUAAUGUUAUCCUGUGGCUAGGGUGUUUGGCAGAGAAGCUGGCUGCCCUGUUCUUAUUUUGGGUCUAAGUUAAAGGUUUUCUGCAAAGAGAAAAGUGCACUGAACUCUCCACUACAAGUCAAGAUGUGGUAAAUUAAAAUGAAAAUAUCAAGGCAAAUUGCGAUCUAAUACUACUGUCAGUCUAAUGUCCACUGUGUUUUAUACAGUAUCUUUUUUUUGUUCACUUUGGAAAUUUUUACUAAAAAGUUGCAAAAAAAUAAAAUUAAAGUAUUGUGCAAACAAAUGUAAGGUUUUUUGAAACUUGAAAUGCAUUAAUAAAUAGACCUGAUGAAAUCA